AUGCCUGCCAGGGGUGACGGAUUGUCGCCGCACAAAAAUCUGCGGCGAUCGUCGCGCGACCACGCGAGGCUUUACUCGAGCCUUAAAGAGAAUCAGCUCGGCGUCAGCGAUCGCGAAAUCGAGCGCAUUUUCGGUCGCAGUUCGGAUUAUCGGACGCACUCCGUACGUUAUACAAGAUCAGGCAGGAAAAUCAACGACAAUCCAUAUUAUGCAUAUGACGGGUUCUCAUCGGAUGAUGAUGAGGUGGUGCGUCGUCCAGAGCGAAGGCUCACUUAUCGUCAGCAAAUGGCUGCUGCGAUGGAACAGUCGGCCAAAAUUGCAACGAGUGGAAUGGAACGACGAAAUAGCGACUCACGACGACGAAAGCGGGUUUAUCUCGACGAGGAUGAUCUUGAUGAGCCAAUUCCUGAGACGAGCGAGCCCAAGGAGGAUCAGAUUCCGACUAGGAGAAGUACUAGGCAGCGAAGUGUGCAAGCUGAUAGCGCCGAGCAGGAGCAGGAUAAAGAUUAUAAAGAACUUUCUUCCUCGCCGACGAGACCUCGAAGAAAUACGAGGAAUCGAAGUAGAAUAAGGCUUGAAAGUGAGGAGCCUAAGGAUGAGAAUGGUGUGAAGGAGGAAGCUGAGGGCGAACUACAGGAGACCUCCGAAGAGCCUGAGACUGGCGAGCCGAAAAAUGAGCCCGAAACUGAGCCUCCCGAGCAACCUAUUGAAGAAGAAGAAGAGGAGGAGGAGAAAGACGAGGAGGAAGAGGAUGAGGAGGACACCGAGGAGGAGGAGGAAUUUCAGCAGAAACGACGAACCUAUAGUUUGCGUCAGAGACGACCUGCAGUGGUGACGUUCAGACAAGAGCAAGAUCGGGAGCUUCGCGAGCGGAGAAGUGUGCGAAAUCAGCAGCGAGAAGAGCGUGCGAAUCGCCGAAGUCGACGAUCGCAUAGAAGUCUCGGCGGUGGGAGCAGACAUCGACAGAGAAGCGACACGGACUCAUCGGGUGAUGAUGGUCCCAGAUAUGAUAGGAAAGGGCGAAUUCAUUUGGACAGAACGCGAUUCAUGCCGAUCAACAUGUCGGAGAAGGAGCUGGCCUCGACGAGUCACGUUUUGCACGAUCGAAUAAGGAAGGCCGGUUGCGGCGCCGGCUCGAGCGACAUCGAUCCGAUGAGUUUAGAUGAGAGCGUCACAUUCGAACAGGUUGGAGGUCUUUCGAGCCAUAUUCAAUGCCUCAAAGAGAUGAUAUUAUUUCCGAUGCUCUACCCGGAAAUCUUUUCGACAUUCAACAUCAAUCCGCCGAAAGGCGUGAUAUUCUAUGGGCCGCCGGGAACCGGCAAAACGCUCGUCGCGCGUGCGCUCGCCAAUGAGUGCCGAAAAGGCGCCAACAAGGUGGCGUUUUUCAUGAGAAAAGGUGCCGACUGCUUGAGCAAAUGGGUUGGCGAAUCGGAACGACAAUUGAGGCUUCUGUUCGAUCAGGCCUACUCGAUGAGACCGUCGAUUAUAUUCUUUGAUGAGAUUGAUGGAUUGGCGCCGGUUCGAUCAUCGAAACAGGAUCAAAUCCAUGCUAGUAUUGUGAGCACACUUCUCGCAUUGAUGGACGGUUUGGAUUCGAGAGGUGAGGUGGUUGUCAUCGGCGCCACGAAUCGUCUCGACACCAUUGAUCCGGCGCUUCGGCGACCGGGGCGAUUUGAUCGCGAGCUGCGAUUCUCGUUGCCCGAUGUGAACGCGCGACGACAGAUUUUGAACAUCCACACGUCGAAAUGGGAGAACAAUAAGCCGAGCGAUGAGACGAUUGAGGCGAUCACGGAUGCCACUAGUGGAUAUUGCGGUGCCGAUUUGAAGUUUCUGUGCACCGAAGCGGUUCUGAUCGCCCUCCGGCUGAGAUAUCCUCAUAUUUACAUGAGCUCGGAGAGAUUGCGAUUAAAUGUUGGGACCAUUAAAGUGGAGAAGGAGCAUUUUAUGCAUGCGAUGAGAAGAAUCACACCGGCAUCUAGACGAGACUUGACGAUUCCUUCUCGACCUCUUGACGAACGCACAUCGAUACUUCUUGAGGAUGUGGUUAAUAAUUUGAUAAGCACUAGAAUCCCGCAGGGGUAUAAAACUCUUGACUCACUCGAAAGCUCGACGACCACCGAACUUGAGAAGGUCGUUCGCGCUCUUGAACCGCAUCCGACUGUUCCGGCGGUACGAUUAUUGAUAUGCGGUUCGCUGGCGGUUGCCGAUGGUGGACAGACGUCGUAUGUGUUGCCGGCGGUGUUGUCGCGUCUCGACCAUCUUCCCGUCUUCUCGUUGUCGGUGUCGAGCUUAUUGUCGGAUGGACGGCCUGAAGAAGCGUUCUCUCAUGUGGUUCAGGCAGCGCUGAGAGCCUCGACAACGGGACCAUGCAUUUUGUUGAUACCGUCGAUUGAUGAAUGGCAGGAGGUGGUGCCGGUGGCUGUUCAGCAAAUGUUGAUCACAUUUCUGGAAUCGAUGACCGGAUUCACGCCGAUCUUGUUCUUGGCCUCAUUGAAUUCGUCGUUUGAAGACGCUUCGGAUUACGUUCGUGAUAUUUUUCGACAUGGGAAUUGUGUGGCAAUGCCGUCGGCACGCCGAACACUUCGUGAGAGAUAUUUCGAGCACGUCACUGCUCCGGCGUUUGUGCCGCCGAAAGUUUUUGAUGCUUCGAAAUAUGAGAAACCCGACGUUGAAACUGACGCGAACGCACCAGAAGCGACGCGAAAACUAAGCGAGCCUGAAGCGAGAGAGCUGGAGAAGAUGUACAUGUCGCUUCUCCGACAGCUUCGCAUAUUCCUGCGUGAUCGAUUGAAUCGACUUGCUCGCGAUCGCCGAUUUGCUGACUUCUACGCGCCUGUUAAAGAAUCGGACGCUGAGGACUACUAUGAGAUUAUCAAGAAUCCAAUGUGUUUGACGGAUAUGAUGGACAAGCUUGAUAGGAAGGCUUAUAAUCAUGCCGACGAGUUUCUUGCUGAUAUUCGACUAAUUACGGAUAAUGCUUUGGAGUAUAAUCCAUCGGAUACCGCUGAUGGUCGUCUGAUUCGUCAUAUGGCGGCCGGAUUACGCGAUGUGGCGAUUGAGCUUCUUGAUUCGGAGCUUGAUGAGAAUUUUGUCGAAAAUCUUGAGAACACGUCUCGACUUUUGCAAGAAGCUGGAAUCACGCCGGAAGAGGAGAAGCUGAUUGAGAUGCCGCGAGGAUUUGUGCGCAAAGCGCCGUGGUCGGUGAAAAACUCGCUGAAGAAUGAGAUUGAGCGAUGGGCGAAGGAGCGCGAGAAGGAGGCGAAGAAGAAUGGAACGACGGUGACGACGAUGGCUCCAGAAGUUGGCACGCCGGUUCGAAGUCAUAAGAGGAAACGAUCGAAAUCGUAUAACCUGCCAGGAUGCAAAAAGAGGAAAACUGUAAAGCAUGACGAUAAUGAGGAAGACGAGGAAACUGGGGAUGAUGAGGAGAUGGAGGAAGUCGAAGUGGAAGUCAAAGAGAACACGGAAGAGGUUUCGAAUUCUGACGAGCCGCAUGUGUCGCCUUCAGCUACCGAUAGUCCGAAUGUGGUUGUUGAAAAGGAGCCGGAGUUGGUGAUUUCGAAGCACGAGAUUGAUGUGUUGAUUGAAAAGUGCGUUAACAAAUCGGAAGGAUGGUCCGUAAGCGAGCUGGAGCGUCUGGCGCCGGUAAUGUCGCACAAAAUUGAGCAAUAUAGGAAUGAAUGGGAUCGUACGAGUCUGCCGUCGCAACUCAUGGAAAUCGUUGAUGAAUGGCAGCCGCGCAUUUCGGAGUCUGUUCAGCAAGCGCCGACAAAAAACGGGAUAAUGAAUGGACAUUAA